AUGAGAAGAAUCAUCAACGCUUUUACAAACAUUUCGCUUUUCGGACGAGAAGAGACAAAAAGCGGAGAUGUGCUGCUGGAAAAUGCGGUUAAUUCACCAGAUGAAACGGGAAUUUGGCUGAAAUUUGUGGUGAUCUCCGAUACGCAUGAGGAAAUGGCAAAAAUUAUGAAUCGAAUCCCCGAUGGUGACGUCCUCAUUCACUGUGGAGAUUUCACGAAUCACGGUGAUGAGGAAAGGGUACGAGAGUUCAACGAUCAACUCGCACAAUUGCCCCAUCGACGGAAAGUGGUCAUCGCGGGCAAUCACGAGAACGGUUUCGAUGCACAAUUUUACGAAAAGGCAAAACUUUUGACGGCAUGCGAACUGUUAAACGAUACUUCUAUUGAGAUUGAGGGAAUUAAACUCUACGGAAGUUCGUGGCAUACAAUGAACUAUCGUCUUUUCUCAACUCCGCCUUUCUACUGUGAACCCGGAGAGGAGACUCGAGAGAAAUGGGCGAAAAUCCCCGACAAUGUCGACAUUCUCAUCACACAUCAACCACCAAAAGGUUUUCUAGAUGGACGAUAUGGAGAUGUUGAACUGUUGAAAGCGGUUGAAGCAAGAAAUCCCAAAUUUCAUUGCUUCGGUCAUGUUCAUGGUUGGUUACGGGGUGGCGAGCAACGGGAAAACGAUUUUCAUCAACGCAGCUCAGUUCAGGGGUUUUGGGGUAUCUCCUCCACUCGUCCACCCAUUGUUUUCUACUUUAAAGUGCCUGGUUCA